AUGAUUGCCAACCAGCUCCAGGUACCGAACAAAUCUUCAGGUCCUCCCUACCCACCGAAUUCUGCUCUUCUGGGAGGGCUUCCUGUAAAAUCAAUCGAUGACCCAAUUACGGCUGUCUUUCUGGCACUCUUCGUCCUUUGUGCUGUCGGACACAUGUCAACUUUCGUGAUUAACAAGAAACAUGGAAGGCUAUUUCCACUCUCAGCCCUCUGCUUCGGCUUUUGUAUGGCACGAAUCGUCACUUGCACUAUGCGAAUAGUAUGGACGUCAUAUUCUAGCAAUGUGCGAAUAGCCAUUGCAGCCCAGAUAUUUGUUCAGGCAGGAGUCAUUAUCUUGUAUCUCGUCAAUCUCAUAUUUACACAGCGGAUAUUCAGAGCUAGCUAUCCUCACUGGGCUUGGAAGAAAUGGUUCGCCCUCAGUUUCAACAUUUACUUUGCUACGAUUGUUCUUACACUGGCAGCUUUGAUUGCCGUGAGUAUACAGAGCUUUUAUACUCUCGACACGAAAAUACGCCGUGUCGACCGGGUUGUCCAACUUUAUGGAGCGACAUAUUUUGCGGUUGCUGCGUUUCUACCAUUGCCGAUACUUUUAUUAAAGCUGGUUAUACCUGCCAGGGGACCUGCUGAGAAGUUCGGAAGGGGACGGUUUCGAACAAAGAUAGGCAUUGUAGCCUUCGCGAGCACAAUUCUCACCUUAGGUGCAGCAUUCAGAGCAGGUACUAGUUAUGUUCCACGGCCCAGAAACAAUCCUGCCUGGUAUCAUAGUAAGACGUGUUUCUACCUGUUCAACUUCACUAUCGAAAUUAUAGUUGUCGCAUUGUAUCUCGCUGUGAGAAUAGAUAAGCGAUUCAUUGUCCCGGAUGGAAGUCAUGGGCCAGGCCAUUAUGCCAACGGAGUUCCAGAAAAGUCUAAUGACAAUGGCCUACCUCAGCAUCAAACCGUGACGCGGAUGAACUUUGGCACAGAGGAAAAUGUCUUCUACGAUACUCGGUCUACCAUGGGUGGCCCUAACAGCGAAUCGAGUCUUCUAAGAGAGCAUCCUGAUUCGAGAUACUCCGCGCCUUCGUCGAAGUCACAAUUGGAACCUUCGCGAUCUCGACUACAAUUUAACGACACUGAUUCGGUUCAACCGGGCAGCGAGCCUUCCAAAUUUUCGAAACGCACUGUUCCAAAUAUCAGUGUAAAUCCUAACACACGGAACAAUGUUGCGUCCGCCACGACCAGCGAGACUUCAGACGGCUUCGCCGAGGACUCCGCAUACACCGAUAAUUCUAUACCGAAUCUAUUUCCAAUCGCACAUCCUGGGAAUCGAAGGUCACACGUUUCUGCCGUCACAUCUGCCGGCGGAGAAUCUAUUUACGAUGAUGCGAGAUCUCAGUUCAGUGAGGCGAUGGACGAUGAAAAUACACGGCAGGAAAGUUCUAAGGCAUGA